UGGAAUGCGCUACUCACACUGUGCAGUCCCCCACCUCUUACCGACUUACAUUUAUAGCUGCACGAUACGCGACCAUUGUUUUUCUUGCCCCCAAAUCACCACAAGCAUACUUGGAAUUUCCCUCGACUUCUCACGCUAUUGGUGCGUAACAUACAUUCAACAAACUCGAUCGUUUUACACGGAUGGGGCCUGCACGUCUUAUCCAUUUACUGGGCAACUUGUUCUGAACUCAAACAGCCCACCGUCCCCUUAUCAUCCAGCCACUGCCGGUUUUGUCUCCAGUCCCCGGUGAAAGCUGUGCAGGAUGUCGACCACGGCAGACUUAACCACCGCGUACUACACGACCUUGCCUCAGUUGUUUUCGGGCCUGCCACAGUUAGAAAACACAUCAGAGUUGGAGUCCAACAUUACGUCUUGUCAACAAUGGGAGGAGGCCCAUCACCUGUUGUUCCACCUGGGCAACCUGAGUCUACUCGCAGGUCUUGUUAUUCCUACUACGCUGGGACUGCACAUGAUUAUCCUGAGACUUCUGAUAAUGACAGGAUGCUGUCUCUUCAUCGCCUGGGCAACACUCUACAGAUGCACCUUGGACAUUAUGGUCUGGAAUGUAGUCUUCCUUGUAGUCAACUUCAUGCACUUUUUCUACCUGUUGUACAAACGCAGACCAAUUAAGAUUGACAGGGAGCUGAAGUCCGUGUACAAGCGCAUGUUCGAGCCGCUGCACGUGCGCGAGGCCCUGUUCCAGAGGCUGACAGGUCAGUUCUGCACCAUCCAGACCCUGAAGAAGGGCCAAGCGUAUGCAGCCGAGGACAAGACGUGUGUGGACGAACGCCUCAGCAUCCUCCUCAAGGGAAAAAUGAAGGUGACCUACCGUGGUCAUUUCCUCCAUAACAUCUACACCAACGCCUUCAUCGACUCCCCUGAGUUCAGAUCCACUCAGAUGCACAGAGGAGAGAAGUUCCAGGUGACCAUUAUGGCAGAGGAGAACUGCAAGUUUCUGUGCUGGUCCAGAGAGAGGCUCACUUACUUCCUGGAGUCUGACUCCUUCCUGAACGAGGUGUUCAGGUACCUUAUUGGCAAGGACAUCACCAACAAACUGUACUCACUGAAUGACCCCACACUCAGUGACAAGGCGGUGAAGAAGAUGGACCGGCAGCCUAGCCUGUGCUCCCAGCUGUCCAUGACCCAGAUGAGGAACAGCAUGGCCAGCACUGGUGACACCGAUGACCUGCACCAGAUCCUGAGAGGCUCUGGCGGCUCCUCAUUGCAGAAAUCUAAAGCCACGAUGAUGAAGCCCAUAGAUGAAGCCAUGGAGGACGACGUAUUUGAGUCAGAUUCCCCCACCAAAACAGACCAGGCCCCCAGCACCUCCCACGAGGAGGUGUGAUGAGUAGUGAUGUCACACUGAUGCCCCACCCCACCCCAAAACCCCAUCUCAGCCUGAGUAGAGAGCACAAUGUGGAGAAAGAUCAAAGAUCACUCACAUAUUUAGACCAUCAUGGGUGAGAGAUGCAGAGAAAAAAUAUUGUUUUGAUACUGAGCAAUAUGAAACUGGUUGCUAUUUCUUUAGCUGUGAUUUCUGAAGACGUCUGUCCUUAGACUCUCAGGACACUGCUGCAAUUGUGUGGGGGUACAUUUACAUUUGUACAGUCACUCAUUUAGCAGACACACUUAUCCAAUGCAACAGACAGUACAGUACAGCAGAGUUUAAAACUUCACUAAAUUAGUUUUUGUAGCUCAGUAAUCUCCCACUUUAAAUGAGGGCAAAGACUGUAUAUUUAUUUAGAGAUUUUCAUGUCAAUUGUUUGUGCUGUUAUGGUUAUUAUAUGUUAUAAAACAACACUAGCGUCUACACUGCUGCCACUUUUCUUGAAAUGGAGCUAAAUCUUCACCCAAUCAUUUUAAGGGGCAUAAACUCAAAUAAAAAGACUAUAUCCACAAUACAGGCUAAAUGACUGCCUCUUACACAAUACUUUAAUAUUAUUAUCAUCAUCGUCAUGAUGUUCUGAGAAUCAUCAUUAGGCCAUUCACUUUUCUUUACCUGCUUUACACAGAUCAGCAACUUUAACGGCCUGAUCAUCUUGAUUGGUCUGAAAUGGUCAUAUAGAAGAGGGAGCAAAUCUUUCAGUUAAAUCUGCAAUUUCCAUGAAGGAAAAAUAUCACUAUAAAUCACACCUAAAAUAAUCUCUUUCACUGCCAACCUCCUGACUACCGACAGGGCUGGAGCUUUCUGUCGUUUAUUUAUUUUUAAAGAAUGACAAGAUUUUCAGUGUUUUGCUAACUAUUCCCUGUGAUAGUGGCGGUAAAAACUGUCUGCUCACUGCCAUAAGAUUCACACGGCUCUCCUUUACCAAUGAUAGGAUACUAUGCUAUCACAAAUCACGACUAGCUAGCGAGCCAGAAGGCUAAACAACCGAAUUUAGGGAUGGCUUCUCACUUACAUUUGUAUAAGCCAAGUAAAUUAUGCCUAUAUUGCUCAAAUGCAAUUAAAUGUGUAUAACUAAUUGCAUUUCAGCUUCACACGUAUGAAAAAGGGACUAAUGCUCUACUUACCACUUCAGCAACACACCGUUCAGAUGCAGCCUACAUCUCCAGUAUUGAUCCGCAGCAGACUGCGCUAUGCAUCUUACCUGCUGUUGCGAAACCGAAUUUAUGUUGACAUAGUUGGAAGAAUACGUUUGUCUCAUAAUAUAAAACAAUCAUAACUACAUAUUAUAAAAAAUUGUAAUAAAAUACAAAUAUAAAAACCCCAGAUAUACAAAGUCUGGCGUUGCACUACUUCACCGGGUUACAGGAGAUUACCAUGGUGAUGUAUUGUGCCAACCUGCACAGAUGCACUACUAGGUAUUUGUUCUAUUGACCUUUAGGUUAACUGUACAAUAGAAACCUGAAUUUACAUUGCCUACUGAAGGUAGUAACCAUUGCUGGAGAACAUAUUUACAGUAUAUUUACAUCAUCCGCACCCAACUUUAAUUUGUAUACGUAUAUACGUAUGUGUGUGUGUGUGUGUGGGCAGUGUAUGGCACAUUCUAGCUUUCCAACACAAUACUUAACAUCAGGUUAGAUAAAUGCAAUUAUGCAAAUACAAUGUAGCUUUCGGUCAUGGAAGUAUACUUGGUGUUAACUAAAACCUGUCUUGUUUCCUAUGUUUUUGGGCUGGCAUUUUAGUUAUACUGGACAUACAUUGUUUCACAUUUAAUUCAAACUGACCAGACCAUUACUGUCAGUUGCCAUGAUGUGAAGCCCACUCAGUGUCAACAUCACUGCCCUUGUCAUUUAACAUGUUUAAACUAAUUAUAAUUAAACAUACUGGGAAUGCUGUGACAGACAGAGCAAUUGGCUGCUUUUUUAAUCAUAUGUUGUGAGAAGAACGUCUAUUUUGUGUGAUUCACAUUGACUACCAUCACUGUGCAGUGCUAAAGGUGAAAUGUAUUGGAUAGAUGUGCUUAUUAAAUCACAUAGGUUUGU